CCCACACGGCCCUGCUGGGGAAUUCAUGGCCUCAGGCUAACAAAACACGAUCCCGUCCAACAGCAGCGGAAAACCCUGAGAGAAACUAACACAGCUCAGCUCCCUCACAGCCGACUAACAGCAUGGAGCUUUAUUUAUGAGAGAACACGUUCUGACAGCCAGAGGCACUUUUCUGACAGAUGCUAUUGUGAGGAUUGUGUGGAUAUGAUGGUGCCAACCCAGCCUUGAGAAUGUAUGAGGUGAUGUCCGGUGACACCCUGUCCUGGAAGGUGCCCACUCCAAGACAAAGUGACCCAGAGCCCAACCCUGAAUUGCAAUUCACUGGGGAUGGAGGGCCCGUCAAGAUCCUCAAAGUGUGCUUCUGCACCAACAACAACCUGGGCAAGAACUUCAAGCUGGUUAAAUGUGACAGCUCCUGGCAAAUCAGGGCAAUCAUUCGUUCGAUUCUGAUCAGCGGUCGACUGGGGCCGAACAUCAAACACACGGGAUGCUACGGUCUCCUGCUGAAGCACCUGAAGUCAGAAGAACUUCACUGGCUGCAUCCAGAUCUGACUGUCGGCGAGAUGGAACAACGCUAUGAGAGCCAUCACGUGGAGGCUGAGUGGAGGUAUGACCUUCGUAUCAGAUACAUACCCGUCAAUUUCCUGGAAAGAUUCAAAGAUGACAGGUCCACACUAGUGUAUUUUUACCAGCAGGUGCGCAAUGAUUACAUGCAGUAUCAUGCCAGUAAGGUCAGUGAUGGGAUGGCGCUGCAGCUUGGCUGUUUGGAGAUCAGGAGGUUCUAUAAAGACAUGAAUUCAAAAGGUCUAGAGAAGAAGUCUAACUUUGAGCUGCUAGAAAAAGAAGUGGGCCUGGAACUUUUCUUUCCUCAACAGGUGAUUAACAGCAUGAAGUCAAAGCCUCUGCGGAAGUUGAUCCAGCAAACAUUUCAGCAGUACGCAACACUCAAGGAGGACGACUGUAUGGUCAAGUUUUUUGAGACCCUCAAAGAUUUCAGCAAUUUUGAUGAAGAGGUUUUCCCAUGUGAACUAGUGCAAGGCUGGAGUCUGUCGGUGGAGCUGGUCAUCGGUGGAAGGGGAAUUCGCCAACGCACGCAGAAGAAUUCAGCGGCUGUUUUUCUAGCCGACUUCAAACAGAUCAAGAAAAUACAAUGCUUAUCUCAGAGUGAUGGCAAGGCUCUUGUGAACUUCGAUAUAGAAGGGGCCAAACAACGUCUAUCAAUCAAUGUGGCCACGGUCCCUAUGGCAGAGAACAUGAUGGACCUUAUUGAUGGUUACUGCCGCUUGGAAAAUGACACAGAAGAUACCAUUAUCUACCGACCAAAUAGAGAUGCCAAUGCAAGAUGUUCCCUACCUGAGAUUCCUAAAAGCACAGACACUGGAUCUUCCAGACACAGUAUGGGUUCAGAUAUCUAUUGCGAGAUUAACGAUGAAAGGCCAAAAUCAGUUGUUAAGUACGGGAUCGACCGACGUGACGUUGUUCUUGGCCGAAUCCUUGGUGAGGGGUUUUUUGGGGAAGUCUACGAUGGAGUUUACAAAAAAUCCAAUGGCGAAAAGGUUAACGUGGCGGUGAAGACCUGCAAAGACUGUUCACCUGACGUGAUGGAGAAGUUCAUGAGUGAAGCAGUAAUUAUGAAGAACCUCAAUCACCAGCAUGUCAAACUUAUUGGAAUCACAGAGGAGAAUCCAGUGUGGAUUGUCAUGGAGCUUUAUCAGUAUGGAGAGCUUGGGAACUACCUAAGUCAGAACCAGAAAACACUGACAAAUACAACUCUGGUGCUGUUCAGCCUGCAGAUCUGCAAAGCUCUCGUCUACCUCUCAGGGGUCAAUGUGGUACACAGAGACAUUGCUGUUCGGAACGUGUUAGUCGCCAGUCCAGACUGUGUGAAGCUCGGAGACUUCGGUCUGUCGAGAUACAUUGAGGAUGAAGAGUACUACAAAGCGUCUGUUACUCGGCUGCCAAUCAAGUGGAUGGCUCCAGAAUCCAUCAACUUCAGACGCUUCACCACAGCUAGUGAUGUGUGGAUGUUUGCUGUAUGCAUGUGGGAGAUAAUGAGCCGUGGGCAGCAGCCAUUUUUCUGGCUUGAGAACAGAGACGUGAUCAACCAACUGGAGCAGGGAAUCAGGCUACCCAAGCCUGAUGACUGCCCUCCUGCCCUCUACUCACUCAUGACCCGCUGCUGGUCCUACGACCCCAGAGAGAGACCAAACUUCACUGAGCUGGUGGUCAAGAUUAGUGAUGUCCACAAGAUGGAGAAGGAGGAGGAAGUGGAGAGAGAGAGGAACAGAGCGCGCGCCACAAAAUUGUUCGACGCCAAGCUCACUUUUCACGAGCCUCCUCCCAAGCCUUCGAGAAUGAAACCAUCGCGGUUUGGGAACACGCUCAAUGUUGGUCUACACAUUCAGCUGAACGAGGCUUUGUGUGCCAGCUCACCUGACCUGGCUAGCCCAUGUGAAUAUCAGACCCCUGUCGAUUCCAUGAACACUAUUCAGUUGCCCAUCAGGUCCCCUCGGCGUCGAAGCGUGGGGGAGGGCGAGUUUCUCCGAAUGGAACCAAACAGCAAAGAGGACGCCCAGCUCCUGUGGCAGAGAGAGAGACACAACAUGCAGGACACUCUCCGCCAGCAGAAAGAGCAGAUGAUGGAGGAUAAAAAGUGGCUAGAGAAGGAGGAAAGACUCCUGGACCCCAUGGCACCAGAGGACCCUAUCAGCCCUGUGGCCGCUGAAGCUGAUGCCAAGAAUGUGGCUCCAGAGAAGCCCCCACGGCUCACAGCACAGCCUGCACCCACAGCCGAGCUCGACCGCUCUGACGACAAAGUGUAUAACUCUGUCAUGAAUCUGGUCAAAGUUGUUGUCCAACUCAAGAAUGACAUCACCGAGGUGCAGCCGGAAAAAUAUAUCACCGUAGUCCAGUCUGUAGGCAUGGCUUUACGAGAUCUGAUUCGCAGUGUGGAUGAAAUACUGCCCACCUUACACGAGUCUGUCAGGACUGAGAUCGAGGGCACUCAGAAGCUGCUGAACAAAGACAUGGCGGAGUUGAUCAGCAAAAUGCGCCUGGCCCAGCAGAAUUCCAUCACCUCUCUGAAGGAAGAGUGUAAGAAGCAGAUGCUGGCUGCAGCACACUCUCUGGCUAUGGACAGCAAGAACAUGUUGGAUGCGGUAGACCAAGCCAGAGUCAGGGCCAACUUAGCCAAACCAGCGGCCCCAUAGUGGACUGUAAACUCUUC